GCCGUUGAUUAUAUAAGCUGGCUGUUUGGGCGAUAUUAUGGAUCACUGUACAAAGCAGCACUAACCAAAACACUUGAACAAACGGCCCGUUAGGUCUAGCUUGAGCUAUGAGUGUCCCAGUUGUAGGCCAACGUCGGUCGUUUGAUGGUCACUUAAGUACUAUUCGCUAUGUGGGUACUGUUCAAGGGACCACUGGCGACUGGCUGGGUGUCGAAUGGGAUGAUGCAAGUCGAGGCAAGCACUCAGGAGAGCAUAAAGGCGUCAGAUACUUCUCAUGCAAAAGCAAACAUCCCACGGCGGGGUCUUUUGUUCGCCCCUCCAGGCCUUCAGACCAGCCUCUGAGCUUUCUAGAAGCCCUGCGGGAGAAGUAUGCCUCUGAGUCUGAGCACAGCCUUGCCCAAAAUGCCUUGGCUAGUGGAGCAACAGUUCGAGGCAAGGCAAUUGAAAUUAGCGGCAAGGUUGUUGAAGAAGUUGGCUUCGACAAAAUUCGGAAACAGCUUGCUGAGCUCCAAGAGUUACGCAUUGUCUUGCUUGAUGGUUUACGGGUUGCCGGAGUCCUUGCAUCUUACAACCAGGCUCAAGCCUCACAUAGUGAGGCAGCACAAAAGAUUGGAGAAACUUGUCCCAAGAUCACGGAACUUGAUCUCAGUCGAAGCUUAUUGAGUCGGUGGCGCGAUGUUUGGGAUAUUUGCAAUCAGCUUAAACACCUGAAGAAGCUGAAGUUGAACGGAAACCGGUUUCAAGCUUUGGAGGAUGACCUGGCCUUCAAGGGGAUCACCGAACUACAUUUAGAAGAAACCCUACUUAGCUGGGAUGAAAUUACUGCCAUUGCAUAUCGAUUCCCUGGAUUGACAUCUCUCACAGCAUCUGCGAACCAGCUCUCUGAGAUAACUUGUCCACUACCUAGCACCAUCACAACAUUAACCCUGGAGCACAAUGAGAUCACCUCAAUAUCAGCUCUUCGCCAUCUCGCCGUGCUUCCAAAAUUGGAGCACCUCUCCGUUCGUGGGAACGGCAUCAGCACCGUGAACCAAAACACCACAGAUACAACCCUAGACUUCCAAUUUCCGCCAACUCUCCGCUCCCUCGAUAUAUCCCGCAACAACAUCCCCUCCUGGACCAUCCUCAACAAACUCCCCACGGUCUUCCCAGGCCUAACCACCCUCCGAAUCACUGCUAACCCCCUCUUCGACCAACCGCCUCUCCCACCCUCUGUCACAGAAGCCUCCAAACCAAUGACCGUCGACGAAGCCUUCAUGCUAACCCUAUCUCGCUUCCCGUCCUCCCUCACCACCCUAAACUACAGCAUCAUCUCACCACAAGACCGCUCCAACGCAGAGAUGUACUACCUAUCCCUCAUCGGCAAAGAACUCUCUGCCACAACUGAGGCAGAAGAACCCGCCAUUCUUGCUGCACACCCACGGUACAGCGAGUUGUGCGAACUAUACGUCGAGCCGACUAUCACAAGAGCAGUUGUAUCGGAUUCCUCAGGCGCGAGAGUCAUCCAUCCGCGGUCCGUAGCAGCCCGACUGGUCAAGAUGGCGUUCCGUCUGCCACUUGGAAACGACGAAUCCAAGUGUCAAGUCAAAGAGAUCCCUGGCUCGUUCGAUACGUACCAGGUCAAGGCGCUUGUGUCGCGGCUCUUCGGGCUACCGGCGUUUGGAUUCCGGUUGGUCUGGGAGACAGAUGAGUGGGAUCCUGUGGAGAAGGAAGUUGGUGAUGAGGGCGUUGUUGAAUGGGAUGAGGAUAAUGAGGAUGAUGAUCGACCUGAUAUUGCCUCCGAGACAACGGGCGAUGGACCUGAUAAGAGUCGGUUUGUGCGUAGGGAGGUGGAGCUGGUUGAUUCAACAAGGGAUAUUGGGUUCUUGUUCCAGGGUGAAGUGGGAGAGAUUAGGAUUCGGAUUGAGAUUUCUGAUUAUUCGUCUAUGAGGUAGUGCUUCGAGAUGAUAGUCGUUCUAGACCUAGAACAAUUUAAUCAAGAUCUGC